AUGUCAAAACGGGUGAACAGCCUUGAGAAUAAUGUGCCCGCCUUUACCGAAGAUGCCCUGUCUGCCGGCCUUUUCCCCAACGGUCCGAGUACAGAGAGUUAUGAGGGUUCGACUAGAUCCUACAGUGGUACCGACUGGCUCCUUCUCACAGAUAUGGAGUACAAUCUGACUGGGACAUGGACGUUGGGGGAGGUUUCGAUCAACUAUCAACAGGCUUCAGAAAUACUGGGAUUCUAUGCACGGCAUUAUUACGAGCAUCUGCCCAUUCUUGAUCGAGUCACGUCGAUAUCAGAAUUCCAUGACUCAAGUGAAUUUCUUUUUUGGACUACAAUGCGCAUAUCGCUCUACAAUAAUCCUGGUUAUGGGGAUCUUUUCGCACUACUCUCGCAGCCUUAUCGAAAUUUACUAACAACAAGGGUGCUUGCUCCCAUUCAAGAUUUCAGGACGUUACAAGCGAUUAUCCUUAUCUGUCACUGGCCAACCUCUGGCAUACGGCAGAGUGACGAUCCAAGCUGGCAGUAUUGUGGAAUCGCACUCAAUACGGCAAUGCAGAUGGGAAUUGAUCAACCCGGUCCGGGGCGACGUCUUGCUCCAUUUGGCGGACGAUCUAAUGCACAUCAAAUGAGCGUCUAUACUCGACAGAUGACCUGGUUAGCUUGCUUCUCUAUCAGCACUAUCCUCAGCGUCUGGCUUGGUGUCACUCCUCAUGUGUCCUCACCUACCCAACUAAGUACAAUUGCUUUAAUGGCACAAGAUCCAGACGGCCCUCGCCCAUUUAUGAUACAUAUUGAGAUUCAAAGACAGACUGUGCGGUAUUCAAACGCCCUCGCCGGUGAUGUUGACUCUGCAAAUGCUUCUAGCCUGAUGAACCUGUUCCACAAUGAGUUGGACACACUCUAUACGUUAUAUAAAGGGCUCUGGUCUAUGAGACUUGAAAUUCAGCUUCUACGUGCUAAGCUGUACCUCUACUCACAUUGCCUUAACAUUGCAUCAAAAGAUGGAAGCAAUGCUAGACGCUUUGAUGGACAGUCCAAUCUUGACUCGGCUAAGAUUCUCGUCCAUCAAGGGCUUCUUUCCGCCGUCUCGUUGAUCCACAACAGUCAGAAAUUGAACAACCAACUUGUAGAUGGUGAAGAGACUUCAAGAAGUGGUACUCUGAUCCACUACCCAAAAUACUAUAUGCAAACAAUCGUGUUUGCGGUCAUUUUUCUGCUGAAGUUUCUCAGCGCAAAUCCGAGGGCCACGCAACAGGACAAAGAGUUAGCAUACUCCCAUAUCACUAUCGCACACCAGAUCUUUUCGGGCUUCUCAGAUUCGCCGGAAUGCAUGCGGGUUGUGGAAGUUAUUGAAUACCUUGUGGAAAACCUAAAGGAAAUUGAUGAAGACGCAGCUUUGCCAACGAGAAGCAAACUCGGGGCAUCACUAAUGUAUAACACUUUAACAAUGAUGGGAACUGGGCUAGAGCGGAAGCUCGUUUAUACUACUUCAGGGACCAGGGAAAACGACGGUCAGGUCCCAGAAGCAAUCCUCGUAGCCGACUCGGAUGGCCUGGUGCAAUCUGCUGCUACGAUGUGGGACUCGAGUGGUUUGACAAAUCCGUUUGCCGCUGCUCACUCUGCAACGCAAGACGGACUGGCUACUUUCCAGUGGCAUACAGAUGAGAUGUUUUUUGAUCUGCCAGAUAGUUUCUAA